CCUGCGCGGCCCGGCGGAUGCUGGGAGCGGCGGCCGCGGGCUCCUCGCGCUCGGGCGGCGGCGCGCGGCGCUAGGGGGUCUCGGCCGGGCUGAGCGACAUGGCGGCGGGAGGCAGGGGGCGGCUCGUGCCCGGCCUGGCGCGGCUUCUCCUGCUGCUGCUGCUGCUGCUGGGCGAGGUGGUGGGACCUGGAGCCUGGGCGGCCCGGAGCCGCGGCGCCGACAAGCAGAACAGCUUCCGCCGGGCGGCCAGCGGCAUCUACCAGGGGGUGAGCAGCUUGUUCGGCGAGGAGAACGUGCGGGCCCUGCAGAAGUUUUUCUCAAGGCUGACAGAAAGAUUUGUUUACGGUGUGGAUGUAUUAGUAGACACAUUCUGGAGAAUAUGGACUGAUGUGCUGGAUGUUAUUGGAAUUGAUGCUUCCAACCUGACUCAUUAUUUCAGCCCUGCAGCAGUUGCCAACAACCCUACGCGUGUUCUUCUGCUGAUUGGUGCUGUUUUACUUGCCUAUUGGUUUUUUUCUGUCUUUCUUGGAUUCUUCUUCUAUCUCUUACAUAUGCUGUUUGGUCGCUUCUUCUGGAUUGUAAGAGUUGCUCUGUUUGCCCUCUCAUGUGUAUACAUCCUCCAGAAGUAUGAAGGAGAACCAGAGCAUGCAGUCUUGCCUCUGUGCUUUGUUGUAGCAGUCUACUUCAUGACUGGACCAGUUGGAUUUUAUUGGAGGAGAAACAGCAGCAGCAGCCUUGAGGAGAAGAUUGACCAUAUUGACAGUCAAAUUAGACUUCUGAACAUACGUCUUACUAGGAUAAUGGAAAACAUGGACAGAGCCAAUGACCAAUGAAAUAAAACCUAUAGAUCACUUCACACCAGCUCACUAGAAGGUUACUAAGCACUAUCUCAUUGAAAGUUACUAAGCAACAAAACAUCACAUGAUAAAAAUGUGCAAUGUUAAAACUUUAGAUCAUGUGUUUAGAAGAAUAAGAGUAAUUUAUCUCGACCAUACACUCAGAAACAUUACACUUGUAAAAUAAAAUAUGAGAUUUAGCUGUAUAUUCAGAGAACUUUAUCCAUGACUAGAAUUUUAUCAGUGAAAACGCUUACUUUUACAAGCAUUUAAAAACAUCUUUUUGUAGAGUUUUUAUAAAAGCAGAUUGAGUAAUCUAUUUAAAAUAUUGAAGCUGAGCUGAGCAUUAUGCAAAUUUGACAUUAAAAAAAUCUUACUCAAGCUACCAAAUGUUUUUCUUGAGAAAUAGUGAUAGUGGGUCCAUGUUUUUUUUUGUUUUGUUUUGUUUUGUUUUGUUUUACAAAGGUGUGAGCAUUCUAAUUUACUGUUGAUUUAUUUCAUUGCCUGAAGUUGCCUUUUCAUAUAGUUUGAAAAAUUUUCUCACAUUCAGGCCAAAAAAUAUCAUACUAUAGCUUUUAAUGGCAAGAAGGGAGUUAAAUUAAAUCAGAAGCCCUUUAAAGCCACCCCAAAAUGAAGGUAUGUGCUUUUCUUUCUUAGCUUUUCAUAUUCUGGACUUUGCCUUCAGUGUUUUGUUUUGUUUUUUUAAAGUGCAGUUUAAAAGAACAAAAAUUGCUAUGAGGUUAAGAAAUGUAGUGUGCUGGCAAAUUUUCAGUGGCAGAGUAGUUAAUAUUUGAUCUUCACAGUAAAGCAUUUUCCACAUUGGAGUGCAUAAGAAGACUUUUUUUUUUAUUUUUAUUUUUAAAUCUCAGGACCCACAUGCUUCCUCAGAACAAAAAAUGCAGCAGAUAAAAUACUUCCAAAUGUAUUGUUGCUUAAAGCUUUCUCAGGACCAAUAAGCAGCAAUAAAUCUAUCUUGAGGAAGAUCUGGAUUUUUUUCUAAAAUUUUAAGUCUUAUGGGUGCUUUUUGCUUGAAGUCCGUGUCCCCAGUGCAUAUUUGGGGAGGUCAAUCACUUAAGUGUGUAUAAAAUAGAGGAUUAUUUCAAAGUGAUGUUAGAGAUCUUUGAAGCGACUUUAUUUUGGUGGGUAUAUGUAUUUGUAUCCUCAUCAUGCUAACAAGCUAAUCAUUAUGAUACUGACUUUGUAAGAUUUGUUGAAGUGUGUUGAGACAAAGGUAACCUCAGGGAGGAAAGUCUGAGAAAUCAUUUAACUUUUGUAAUGCAGUACUUUCAGGGGUGUUAUGGGGAUGUAUGGUGGGAAAGCAUUUAUGCCAUAGCAAUGAGCACAGUAUAAAUACCUAAAUAGAUAAUAUGCACCAUCAUUACAGAAGAACCGUUUCUAAUAUUUUUUAAAAGCUGUGUUAAAAUAAAAUCUUGUGCUGAGCCAAAAACUGCUGUUUCACAUGUGUGUCCCUGUUUUCUUCAGAGGAAUUGCAUAUAACCACCUAAGCAGAAUUUGGCAUUCUGUCGUCAACUUGUUGGUUUGGGGCUUAACUAGGAUUUUAACAUUUCAUUGAAUUUUCAUUGUAAAUUUCCUUUUAAUUUUUAAUGUUGAAGCAUACAAGACUAUUUUAAAAAUGCAUGUUACUUGCCUGAUCUCUCUUUUGGUCUGUCAUAUUGAACUUGUAUUACUAUGAUUUAUUUUUAAAUCCAUAUUUAUGGCCAUUUUAAAAUAUAGGGUUUUUUUGAUCUUUGGCACCAACUUGUCAGUGAUAACUUAAACUUAGUUAAUUGGUUUAGUUUGCAAUUGACAGUAUGUAGUGUGAGCCUUUUUAAUCCUUCAUGCCUUCUAAGUGGCCACAUAUGCAAAUGCAAAAACCCUGAAUCCUUACAAAGUUUUUGUUAAAAAUUGCAAAAGUAUCUUGAUUUAACAACAAAAAAACCCAGCCCUUGCCUACAAAAAAAUAAAUAAAUUGUAUGAUUAUGUGCAGGCUUCCAAAUUAAUAAUGCCGUAUUUAAACUUUUCUUCAUUCUUAUACUUUAAAAACUAGGCUAGGGUCCUACAGGUUCAACCCUGUGAUCUCUAAUAGAUGUAGUGCUAUUGAUAUCAAUGGGAUUAUUCAUAGUAAAAAUCACUACCCUCAUUAAUGCUUGUAGGAUCUGGGUACAAAGUAGACUCUGAAAUUAGGUAUUAAAGCCCCAAUUUAGCAAAGUGCUUUGUGAAUUUGGGGCCUAAGGACUGAAGCCUGCAAACAAACCUUACUAGAGCAUAUAGUUGCACUGUCUUCAGUAGGACAACUCCUGGGGGAGAAGGUGACCCACAUGAGUCAAUUUUGCAUAAUUGUGUCCUAAAUAAGGAAAUACAGGGUGUGUAACUUUUACCUGAAGUCUGUACAUUCAUGCCUGUUUUCUUUUCUAUGAAUAUGAUUUAUAUUUUACAUAAAAUCUUUAUAUUUUAGGUAAUCUAUAUUUAGUACUGAAGAUAAAAACACAAAGAUUAAUAUAAGAAUAACAAGAAUUGCAUAUUACAGACUUGCAUUAAAAUGUUACCAUAAAAUUUACUUUUGGAUUAUAUUCAUAUUAUUCCUAUGUCUUUUUUUAUGUCACUUUUUUAGUUUUUGGUAAAAUCAGCCCUUUUGUGUCAACACUCUUCUCCAAACUUGCCCACCCUGCUGCAUGCAGGAAAAUAUAUUUUUGUAUUUACUUACAUCCCAGGUAUAGUGAUACGUCUCAUUUUAAAAACAGUAGAAAAUUUAAAAUGUUAUAAAUAGACAAGACAAAUAUGCUUAGGCAGUUUAUUUAAAAUUGGCUAUUUUAAUCAGUAUUGUUUCCCAAUAUUCAAUUAUCUCAGUGUAUAGUCUGCUAACUUCAAAAGUAAUUAUUUUGAAAGAGCACAAACAAAAAUUCAAUGAUUGUAUUGAAAAUGCUCUGAAUUUAAUGUGCGCAGUAGUUAAAAUGCUUUUGGAAGGCUAAUCUCGUGGUGUAUUUCAGUUCUCAAGUUACUUUUGUAAAUACAGUUUACUAAUAUUUUUCCAUACAAAAUUAUACUGUUCACCUACUAGGCUCUUCUACUCUGUUCUUCAUAAUUCAUUCCAUAGGAAGUGAUUGUGUUAUACUGGCUUUUAUCUAAGGGCCUCCGGGCACUUUACAAAGAUGUGUAAUCACCCCAUUUUACAGAUGGGUACACCGAGGCACGGAGUUUGAGUGACUUGCCCACGACCGUACAGCAGGUCAGUGGCAGAGAUAGGAAUAAAACCCAGAUCUUGUGACUCCCAGUACUUUGCUCUAAUCACUAAAUGGCUCAUUCCAAGAUGGGCAGUUAGUAUCUUUGCAUUCUUUAGCAUAGUUUAACAAAUCCUGUCAUCAGUUCUAGAGGCUAGUAAUAUUGACCUGCUCCUUUUUAUUGUCCUGUCUUCAGCAGCUACUUAGAAGAAUGUCACCUUACUUUAUUGAUUGACAUGAUAGUUUAUGAUGGACCUCAAGCUGUCUGGCUUUAACAGAAAUUCCAUUAAGGUCUUAAGUUUUUAUAUUUCAUACUUUAGGGCCUAAUAUUUGAAACUACUGUGUGUAUUUCAAUACAUCAACAUUCUGCAAAGCUUUACAUUUGUAGCAAUUUAUCUGAAAGUACACACCUCACCUAUAGUUAACUGUUUUGUAUUCAGAAUGUAAUGUUUUCAAAAGUGGUAUUGAAUGUCAGAGUACAAUGUACAAAGUCUGGUGUAGCUCAGUAGUGUACUUAAUAGUGUGGUCUUCAAAUUGUGAUUUGCUUUUAAAGACUUGUUGCAUAGUUAAUAUGGAAAAUAGACUCAGUACCAACCUUAGCUUUUUGAUGGUGUAAAGUUUUUUAAUGUGAUUUGCCUCACAUACUAAUAAUCCGUUUUUGGCAGCUAAUGAUGUUAUUGACCAUAAGUUCUACUUGUCUGGUUUUUGAGAAUGAAGAUUUUAUUGUAUCUGCAUGUAUUUUAAAUUUUUGGAUAAUUCCAUUGAACUGUGAUUAGAAUUAGCACAUUAAAAUUGAUCUUUCUUUUUAACCAGGAAUUAUAUUUGCUAUUGUAGCACUAGUUCUCAGCACUGAUGUCAGUCAUUUAAUUUCACAUCCUGUUUUGUACAUGAGAUUUAAAGUGUAGAUCAUAUUUAAAUUUGUGGAAAUUGUUAUGUAAAAUGAUUUGUUCUGAAGAAAAUUGUGUAUGUAUACUUUUGACAUAUGACCCUUAGGGAAAUAUUAGAUUUUGCUGAUACUUUAAGUAGUUAUGACUAUCAAACUUAUUUUUACAGAGCUAUACAUGGCUUUAUUUAUUACUUCUCUGACCACCAGAUCAAUGUAUUAUGUAGUUAAAUAUUUGUAGACCGAUUUCACAAAUGAAUUAUGAUAUUGUGACUAAGCUUAAACAAAAUAAAUGUUUACUGAAACUUUGCACUGAGA